AUGGGCCUAAAGAAUCUAACAACGCCAGCUGAGUUCAUUCUGCUGGGAGUCACAAGGCAACAAGAGCUACAGCUCCCUCUUUUUGGUCUCUUCCUUUUUAUCUACCUGGUCACAGUGGUUGGAAACCUAGGCAUGAUUGUUUUGACACAGGUGGAUCCCCACCUACAGACUCCCAUGUAUUUUUUUAUCAAACAUUUAGCUUUCAUUGAUCUUGGCAAUUCUACUGUCAUUUGUCCCAAAAUGUUGGUAAAUUUUGUUGUGGACACAAACAUCAUUUCCUAUUAUGCAUGUGCCAUGCAACUGGCUUUCUUCCUUAUGUUUAUUAUUAGUGAAUUUUUCAUCUUGUCCACCAUGGCCUAUGACCGGUAUGUGGCCAUCUGUAACCCUCUGCUCUACAAUGUCAUCAUGUCUCCAAGACGUUGUCACCUCCUAGUGGGCAUCCCAUACUUCUACAGCACCUUUCAGGCUCUGUUGUUCACCAUUAAGAUAUUUAUGUUGCACUUCUGUGGCCCUAACAUUAUCAAUCAUUUCUACUGUGAUGAUGUUCCCUUGUUACCGAUGCUUUGCUCAGAUUCACAGGAAAUAGAACUGUUAAUCAUACUAUUUUCAGCCUUAAAUUUGAUCUCCUCUCUUUUGGUCAUCCUAUUGUCUUACACCCUGAUCCUGUUAGCCAUAUGUAGAAUGCAUUCUGCAGAGGGCAGGAAAAAGGCAUUUUCCACCUGUGGCUCUCACCUGACAGUGGUGAUGGUGUUCUAUGGGUCUCUACUCUUCAUGUACCUCCAGCCCAAAUCUGCCCACUCCUUUGAAACUGAUAAAAUGGCUUCCGUGUUUUACACAUUGGUGAUCCCCAUGCUAAAUCCUUUGAUUUACAGUGUACGGAACAAACAAGUUAAAAAUGCCUUUCACAGAGUAUUUAAAAAUCAGUAUAACCUUUGUCCUUGA